CCUCAUCCCAAGGCUCUCACUGCAAUGGGCUCUCCAUUUCUCACCUUGCCUUCACUUCUGUUCCUUCUGGUGACAAUGAUUUCGACGACUCCUCCAAAUUGCCCCGCCUCCUAAGAUCCUCCUCCAUCCAAACUUCUUUCCUCACGCCGUGAUCGUUGUCUUCCGACCCGGAUUUCCCCACGCUGUUUCUUCCACAGAGCCUCAACACCAGUCUUGUGCGGGCAAGGCAUCAUUGCCACGAUGUUGGCCAGAGGAAGAGCAGGAAAGAUAAGGGCACCUAGGCGUGGCCUGAAUCCAACCGAUGUCGACUUCGAAGCCACUUGGAACAUGAUCGCCACGUCAUUUAACCAGAUCUUCGGCAAAAGUGCUUCCGGUCUUUCCUUCGAAGAGAUAUUUCGACAAUGCUACAAAUUAGUUCUUAAGAAGAAGGCAGAUUUGCUGUAUGAGCGUGUGAUAAAAUUGGAGCAGGUCUGGCUGAGGGAGAAUGUUAGGACCAAAAUUCUGUUGCUAGUCACACCAUCGAUCACUGUCGGCCUUGCCGACCAGACGGCGGUGGCUGAUUCUAACGAGCGAAGAAUUGCAGGGGAACGUUUUGCUCGAGCCCUUAAGGACGCCUUCAACCACCAUGCAUUGUCAAUGAGCAUGAUCACGGAUGUGAUGAUGUACAUGGACAAGUACAUGAGCCAGGAUGGAGGGAAACCAUCGAUCUAUGCUGCAGGCAUGUCUACCUUCCGGCUUGAAAUCCUCAAGACUCCUUUCGGAGAAGAUGCGGCCUUGGACACCCUGUCUCUUCUAGAAAAUGUCGUGCUCGACAUGAUACGAAUGGAACGCAAAGGCGAAGUCAUCGACCGCUCUCUAGUUCGGCAGUGUUGUUACAUGUUAGAAGGCUUAUAUGAGUCUUCCAACGAAGAUGAAACUACGAAACUAUACCUCACUUCUUUUGAGCCCAAGUUCCUCGAGGCGAGUAGACAAUUUUACAAGUCGGAAGGUCAGACACUUCUUGCCGAGGCGGACGCGAGCACAUUUUGCACACAUGCCAGAAGAAGGUUGUCAGAAGAAGAGGAAAGAUGCAAACAGACCAUUUCGCAGGUCACGGAACAGAAGAUCAAGUCCGUCGUUGAACAGGAACUGAUUCAGGCGCACAUGCGAGAAGUCAUCAACAUGGAAGGGACUGGUGUCAAGAAUAUGCUGGACAACGACAAGAUUCAGGACCUAGCCAACGUAUAUGAUCUUAUCUCCAGGGUCGACCAGAGAAAAGGCGCAUUACGAGAAGCACUUCAAAAACGAGUCAUUGAACAAGGCACGGAAAUUAACAAGGCAGCAAAUGUCAUUAGUGAAGCACAGCCUGCGCCAAAGCCUCUUCAAAGACCUGCCGAGGGUAAGGCCCCAGCGGAGAAGUCUUUGAGCCAGCAAACUCAAGCCGCAAUCAAUUGGGUAGAGCAAGUUUUGGAGCUGAGAAACAAAUACGACCGAAUUUGGGUUCAGGCAUUCAAUAAGGAUGUAGUGAUGGAGAAGGCGCUCGAGGUAUCAUUUCAAGAUUUUAUCAACUCCAACGAUCAGAGCCCGGAGCAUUUGUCACUCUUUCUGGACGAGUAUCUCAAGAGAGGCGGAAAGGAUAAAACUGAUGGCGAGGUCGAUGCUAUUCUUGACCACGGUAUACUACUACUUCAAUACCUCGCAAACAAAGAUAUCUUUGAGAGAUAUUACAAGAGACACAUGGCCAAGCGAUUACUGAUGAAGAAGUCGGUCAGCCGAGAAAUGGAGCGAUUAAUGCUUUCCAAGAUGAAGAUGAAGAUUGGCAAUCAGUUCACACAAAAGCUGGAGGCCCUCAUCCGCGAUACAGAGUUGUCCGACAAUCUCAGUGCUCAGUACAAGACUCAUGUCAACGCACUUGGAGACCCGGAUCCCAAGCGGGUGGAAUUGGAUUGUCGAGUAUUGACUUCCACGACAUGGCCUUUUGAGACCAUUAGAAAAGAUGAUGAUGACGAUUCGAGAAAACGACCCACAAUCAAAUGGCCAUCAACUGUAGAUCAAGUCCGACAACGUUUUGAGCAAUUCUACCUUGACAAGCAUACCGGCCGGCGAUUGGAAUGGGUGCCAAACCUUGGAGAUGCUGAUCUACGGGCCACGUUUACCAACAAUGGCAAAACUCGGCGAUAUGAGCUGAAUGUGUCGACGUACGGUAUGAUUAUUCUGAUGCUUUUCAACGACCUGCCUCCAGGAGAAUACCUUACCUGCGAGCAAAUUCAAGCUGAAACAAACAUCCCUCAAGCUGACCUCGUACGAAAUUUGCAAUCACUGUCUUUGGUAGCGAAAUGGAGAGUCCUCAAGAAGGAUCCGCCACACAAAGAGGUGAAGCCCAGCGACAAAUUUUCAUUCAACGAAGGCUUUUCGAGUCAAUACCUGAAAAUCAAAGUCAGCGUAGUUUCUGGUGGAGGAAAUCGGGUUGAGAAUAGUGAAGAACGUCGAGCCACCCAGAAGAAGACCGAUGAAGAGCGAGGGCACGUUAUCGAUGCGGCAGUUGUUCGCAUCAUGAAGUCGAGAAAGACUCUUUCUCAUUCACAAUUGAUGACGGAGACACUAGCACAAUUGUCGUCACGAUUUAAACCUGACGUGAAUAUGAUCAAGAAGAGGAUUGAGUCAUUGAUCGACCGAGAAUUUUUGGAAAGAGGCAGCGAUCCAGCUCAACCUUCGUACGUUUACAUGGCUUGAAGGAGGAUCUUGGUAUGGCGAUAAGAGGUCUGGUAAGGUUUCAAUUAUGACGAUUCAAAUGAGCAUGUGAGUUACAAGGCAUCAUAAAGAGCAUUCAUUAGCGUGGCGCAAGGACUAGGAGCCUGAAGCAUUUAUUACUUUUGAAUUCAAUUUGAAAGAUGGUCAUGAUGAGGUCAAAUACGCUAUUGUAGGAACGAAUAAUCAGAACAUGGUCUUCUUGAUAGAUGCUCUUGACUAGUAUGUAUGGAGUAAUGCAUCCCGUACGCUUCAUAUGGCAAGGCUGUGGCUUUCC